AUGUACUCUCGUCAAUUGAUUCCCAGAAAUAUAUCGAUGCUGCUGAGGUCGAGGACGACACUACCUCGUCUAGCUCAAGCUAGCCCAGUAUUAAAACGUUACAAUUCCUCAUCUUCGUCGAGUGGUCCUCGUUAUAACAAGCCGUUAGCAUGGACACUUGGUGCUGCUGCUAUGUUGACCGGUAUAUACCUUGUUGCACCAUUUGAUUUAUUACCCAAGAGGCCCAAGGUUACCGAGCAGAUUGCUAUUGAACCAAAAGGUGAGAACCCUCAAGCUCAAACAAAAGACAUUGAUACUGAAGUAACAGAGGAAAACAAAAACCUAGGUGACAACAUCGAAGCAACAAGUCUACCAUCAGAAGUUCCCAUUGAGAAGAAAGAAGCCAGUACAGAUAAAAAGGAAACAACAAUUGAAGCUGGCAAAUUACAGGUACUUGAAAACAUGGAAUUGGGUGAAACCGAAGAAGAAGUCAGAAAGGAAGGGGCAUACAAUCCAGAAACAGGCGAAAUCAAUUGGGAUUGUCCUUGUUUAGGCGGUAUGGCUUAUGGUCCUUGCGGGGAAGAAUUUAAAGAAGCCUUCUCAUGUUUUAUCUAUUCUGAAGCUGACCCUAAAGGUAUUGACUGUGUUGAAAAAUUCCAACACAUGCAAGAUUGUUUUAGAAAGUAUCCAGAACAUUAUGCUGAGCAAUUGAAGGAGGAGGAGGAAGCUACUGCAGUUCUGGAAGCAGAAUCGAAAGGUGCAAAUGAAGAUUUCCUAGAUGUAAAGGAAUAG